AUUGUCAUGUGAAGCAUUGGGAUCUUGGCUUGUUAAUCAUAAAACGGUAACCAAAAGUCAUCAUGAUAUCACUGACGAUCAUAUCUAUACAAAUGGAUCUCGAAAAAGCUCUGAUUUUCGUACACGAACAGAUUCAAUAGAACAGAGUCAUACAUCUUCAAAUGGAUCUGGUCUAUCAAGUGUUACAUUUUGGCAGACAAUCAAAAGUUUACAUGAAGCACGAACUAAUCCAGUUGGUGUGGAUCUUAGUCGUCUUCAACAAGGACCACUUAUCACAAAUACAAGAGGAUCAAUUCUUAUUGCUGGUGGAGUGUCAGAUGCACAGUAUCUAUCUUCUGUUGAAGCCUACAUUCCAGAUAGAGAUGAAUGGGUUUAUAUGCCAUCUAUGUUACAAG